AUGUCUAGUGCAACUGUACACCUUAAAUAUGCAAAGAACAAGAAGAUAUCAGACUUCAUCAAUCUUGACAAACCUGAUAUCUUCUCUGAACUAGAAGAAUCUCUGAAACCUGAGUGUUCAGAUGAAGUCACUGCGGAGGUUAAGAUAGUAUAUAAUAUCAAGAUCACUGUGUGGAAAAUCAAAUAUAUGAAAUAUAAGAAAUUGAAUGAAGGUAUGACAAAGAUACAAGAUGUUAUAUAA